UAAAAAUCUGAAAAAAAUCCGUAAUCAUCAUGCCACCCGUCCGCUUGAGACAGUCCAAAUUGUCCAACAAACAAGUCCAGAGGCAGAGGACCUCACCUGCUAGGGGAAGAGGGAGGCGAAGGACAGUUCAACCUGACGAAGCAGCAACGUCUUCAGAUACGGUCAAUGUGUCUGCAUCCAUCAUGCCCACACAGAUGAUAGAAGAGAGUCAGCAACCACCACAGCAGGCUGGUUUAAACACAGCUGCAAGCUCUGUGGCGGAACCCAUGCAGCAAUCAACUGCAGGAAACAACAGUCCAAAUACUAGUCAUGGUACACAAGCCAACACAUCACUAUUUACACUGGGUCAUACUCCAAUUAAACUCCCUCGCCUUAAACACCAUUUAAAAAAUUAUAAACACAAACAAUUUCUGCUCAAUGGGUUUCAACAUGGUUUUCAACUACAAUACACGGGCCCAAGAAGACCAAGACAUGCAAACAAUCUACAAAGUGCUAAGCAGCACCCAACAAUCAUUAACCAAAAAAUCAGCAAAGAACUUUCACUACAAAGAAUCGGGGGUCCUUUCAAACAACCCCCUUUUCCAACACUCCAAAUAUCGCCAAUAGGCCUGGUACCAAAGAAAGAUGGAGAUUACAGACUCAUACACCAUCUAUCUUACCCAGAUCAGGACUCGAUUAACUUCUACCUAGAUCCAAUAGCAUGUUCAGUUCAUUACUCCUCCAUUGAUGACGCAGCUGCCAUGAUAGCUUCGUUAGGUCAGAACACUUUAUUAGCAAAAUCUGACAUCAAGUCAGCCUUUAGAUUAUUACCAGUUGCAAUAUCUGACUUUGAUUUGCUAGGUUUCCAAUUUCAAGGCAGUUUCUAUUUCGACAAAAUGCUGCCCUUUGGUGCCUCAAUUAGCUGUGCUCUCUGGGAAAAAUUUGCCACAGCACUACACUGGUUAACUCAAAACACAUCUCGCAAUCCAAACAUUUUACACUAUCUCGAUGAUUUUCUCUUUGCCGGCAAAGCCAAUUCUCACCAGUGCCAAAACACUUUAGUCAUUUUUCAGAACAUAUGCCAAGACUUGGGGGUUCCCAUUGCACAAGACAAAACUACAAACCCAGCCACAAUUAUCACAUAUCUCGGAAUAGAAUUUAACACAACUGUCAUGUCAAUGAAACUCCCUCAAGACAAGCUGAGUCUCCUCUUAGCGACAAUCCAAACCGCCAUCCAACAUCAGAAAGUCACCCUCAAAUUUCUUCAAUCUCUCAUUGGCCUGCUCAAUUUUGCAUGUCAAGUAGUAGCACCUGGGAGAGCCUUUUGCAGAAGGCUGAUUGAUGCCACCAUGGGCAUUAACAAACAACAUCAUCGAAUUACAGUGACAGCAGAAAUGAAACAUGACAUCCAAGUAUGGCAGCAGUUUCUAGCAAACUACAAUGGGAUUACAGUGAUCUCAAAUAACAUUUGGUCGUCAGAUACCUUUUUACAGCUAUUCACUGACAGCGCAGGGGGGGAGAACGGGGGUUUCGGAAUUUUCUUUUCGGGAAGCUGGGCUCACGCCAAAUGGCCAGAAAAAUGGAUACAAACUGAUGUCAUCUAUGACAUGACAUUUCUGGAAUUGUUCCCAGUCUAUGUGGCAAUAUUGACCUGGCGCAAUUCCUUGUCUAACAAACGUAUUCUUUUCCACAUUGACAACAUGGCUGUUGUACAUGUCCUUAACAACUCCACAUCCAAAUCCAAGAGAGUUAUGGCAAUAGUGCGUGAACUGGUCCUCGUAACACUCAAGUGUAACAUCACUGUUAGAGCACAACAUAUUCCCUCUAAACAAAACUCUAUAGCUGAUUGCAUUUCUCGUUCACAGUGGAAAAAAUUCCAACAGCUGGCACCAGACGCAGAUCCCAAGCCCACUCAACUUCCCAGCCAGAUCUGGAAUGUUUGGUCACCGAAUCGAAACGAUUAAUUCAGUCAUCACUGUCACACAACUCCAAACUAGCCUAUAGUACAGCUCACAAAAAAUAUAAUUUUUUCCUUGAUCUCUAUAACCUGCCAGACAUCUUGCCCAUACCUAUCGAUACCUUACUCAAAUUCAUUGCAUACUUGUCAAUUCAAAAAUACUCAGCUAAGACAGUGGAACUCUACGUACGUGCCCUUUCAUUCAAUCAUAAACUUAAGGCACAACACGACACUACAAAGUCUUUUCUUGUAUCCAAAGCAAUCGAAGGCCUGAAACGCAGCAAGGGCAAG